UUUGAAUUGUCUUGUAUUUUGUCUAUUUACUAAUUUGCUGUUGUCAAUGGGGUUGACAUCUUGAUUAUUUAAAAUGAAACUAUCAUCAUAUAAUAUGGUAGGCGCUAAUGAUUGUAAAAAAAGUUGAAAUAGUAUAAUUUCCUCGGAUGCUGUUGUCCUGUGCUAUUGAUUCUUGUUUUAUUCUACGAUUUUGGGUUUUUUUUAUUAUUAUUUUUUAUUUAUUUUUUAUUUAUAUAUAUUUUUUAAAGAUUUUCAUUGUAUACAUUAAGAUAACGGUGCCUGUAUAAUUCAAUCCAUCUUUAGCAUGUUCACUAUAUUUCUCUUUGUUUUCAAUCGUCAAUAAGAAGCUAAUUGCAUAAAUGGUUCCAUGCAGGAACAAGGGAAUUUUAUUUGUUGCUAUUGACCAAAAUAGACCUCUCUCAGAUCAAGGUCGUUUUGACAUUGUUUUGCACAAGUUAUCAGGAAAAAAGUGGCAGCAGAUUCUUGAGCUUGUAAACAGAAUUAUGGAUACUUCUGAGGCACCAAUGCAUAGAAUAUUAAGGUCCAGCGUGACUCAAACUCGAACUGAGACACCAUCUACAAGUUCAGCUGCCACGCAACCGAGUGGAGAAGCUGAUGGUAGUAAUUCAAUAAGUCAACAGCCUAUUAUGGAAGGUGAUGGUAAUACUUCGCAGACGAGGCCACAACCAAGUGGAGGCCCAGUACGAAAAGGGCGUGGAAAAGCAAAGAAUAUAGCCCUACACAAAGCUCAGGACCUCUAUGGAAAGGAUGUUCCAAUUCCGGUAGAGUUUGGGACGGGUUAUAUUAAACCCGUUGGCAAAAAUCACAAUUUAUGGACGGCUGAGGUUGGCAUCCAUGCGAGAGAUAAAGAAGCAUUAUUGAAAUAUAAAACGUGGAGGGAAAUUCCAGAUUAUGAGAGACAGGUCUGCUAUGACCAUUUUAAGGUAAUGAGUUCUUUUAUAUUUUAUAUCUUUUUUUUUUUUUUUUUUUUCUUGAAUGGGUAUUUGUUUUUUAUAAAUAUUCAAAAGAGGAACAAUUACAGGAGGAGAAAAUCUCCAUUACAUGUCAUAAAGUGGAAUUAAUGGGUAUUUGAUUUUAGGAGUUUUUUUUUUUUUUUUUUUCUUCUUUUAAAUAUAAAUCUGGAAUUGGAAUUUCCUAAAUUGCAUAUUCACCCUCUGUUUAAUUGAAGAGAAAAUCUAAUUUGGAAUGAAUUUAUCAAGACAUGUACUUUUUGUUUUAUAUAGUAUUUUUCAAGAACUAAAAACUUGAUUAGAGUAGACCAAAUAGUUAAUUGGGUUCAGUUGUGUUGCCCUUAAAG